GCAUUUUACGGCAUCGCUUGAUUGUCAAUCAAUACUUUGUGUGAUUGUCACUUUUGUCUGUUGCAGCGUAGAUAUUCACGUCAGUUUUUCGAACCAGAUUUGAUUGAUUGCGCACUGAUUUUUAUGAUCCCCAUUUAUUAUCCCCGAAUUGGGAGGUUCUAGCGAUUUAGAGCGGUGUCACUUCCGAAUACAUGACUGUAUAAGAAUCCGAGAGUGGAAAAAUUAUAAUAAAACUGCCGAUGACUAAUCAAGUCAACUUUCCUUCUGUUGUGAGUCCAAUGUUAACGAUAUCAUUAGCUGAAAAAAGUGAACGCAUUUCGGAGUAAACGAUGCCUCCCCCACUGAAGCAUCGUGAGCGAACGCUUGACAUUGUGGAACAAGAAGUGGAUAUUCCAGAGUUUGAUAAAAAACCGGCUUUCAUUCACGUCUUGCUGCUCAAUAAAACUCUUCGCCUGUUUAUCAUUUUGGGCAUAGCGACGGUUGUGAUUCCGGCCCUUGCAUAUCUUUAUUUUUUCUCACAAGAAAUUUUCCACGAACCCAAGCAGGCAAUCGUGGGAACCUGUGGUCACCCAACACUGUACCAUAUUCAAUGUGGGUUUGCUAACAUAUCUCAGGAUCAGUGUCAUAACUUAGGAUGUUGUUACACCAGCUACACUUGCUAUCACUCCCUUCCAUCGGAGUACCAGUAUCGGUGCGAAAGUGACUGGCACAACGGUGUUUCUCUUACACCCACCCGAAAUUUGACCCCGUACGAUAAAGACCCACUCCAAAAAAUUCAAAUUCACCUGAACAUCGUUCAACAAACCCGACUGCAACUCACGCUGGUUGCAGUCCCUCAGGAUACAGCCCAGCAUCAGAUCAACGCUGAAACAAUUAACACUGUUGAGACUGAUGAACUGGAGGCUCGUAUCUACAGUCCAACCUUUUUCAUCGAAGUUCAAAGAAAACAAAACAAGGAAAUUAUUUUUUCGACCGCGCGUGGGCCUCUCAUUGUGACGAAAGAUUUCUUCGAAUGGACACUACAUCUUGGCGUCGACAUUCUCUUUGGAUUGGGCGAAGCGAUGCUUGUUCCAGGCAAGAAGUAUCUGCUGCUGAAUAAUCAAAAUGUAUCCGCCAUUCCCGUUGUGAUGGGUUAUAAUAUCAAGACCAACCAAUUCAACGGAAUUAUUUUCAGCACUCCCGGUCUCACUGAGGUGGAAAUCGUUCGAUCACGUCUGGUGAUCGUGCGUAGUCAGUUUACCGAUCAAUUUCAGCUGGAAAUUCUAUCCGGGCCUGGUCCGACCGAUUUGCAUCGACAGCUGAAAGCAAUCACCCAAAAUCAAUACCUGCCACCGUUUUGGUCCUACGGAGUUCAUGUUUGUGAUCAAUCUCGCAACACCAGUUUGAAAACCAUAAGAAAAGAAAUCGAAAGCAUGCUUGCCAGUGGAAUCAUAUUAGACUCACAAUGCGUCAACGAUGAUCUUUUCUGGUUAUCGAAUCACAUGGUGGUUACCAAUGAGUUGGCGGAGAUUUUGCACUUCCUAGCCAACAAUGGCAAGCGAUUCAUUGCUUCCGUAGUGAUGGUUCUUGAACCAAUAGCCAACUCUAUCUAUAAUAGUGCCAAAAGUAGUGGAUUGCUAUUGAGAAACGCUCAAACCAUUGUGUCCUACCGGGGUAUAGUCCGUAAUCGAACGGUAGUUUACGUUGACUGGAGAACGAACAGACACGAACUGUCUACUUGGCUGUCAAAGACUUGGAUGAAUGCAGCCAAUCUCAAUGCCUCCGGAUACAGUUUAUGUGAAGGAGCUCUCCGAGAUGAUGGAAACAAAACAUUUCCUACGCGAAGUCAACUAACGUAUCUACCGGAGAAUCUCAACAAUUCACUCAACGAUUUGAUUCGUUGGGACACAAAACUUUCCGACAGUAUGGAAGCGGCUAUCAAGAGUCAGAAUAAAUUCGGUCCGGAAAUGGUGCGGGCUGUUCAGCGAGAAACACAUCGUGAUACAUUUAUAACGACUGGAACGUAUGACAUCGAAACGAAGGCCGCGAUUUUGGCUCAAAACGUCUCGGCGUCGUGGAUUUCGCUGCGUAAUGAGGUCAACCGAGCUAUUGGGUUGUCCUUGGUGGGCAUGAAUUUCAUCGGAACUCCAAUUUGCGGCAACGCGGGAGACAACGUGACCGAGGAAUUGUGCAUUCGAUGGUACCAAUUCGGAUCGCUUCUACCGCUGUUCAAAGUUUCAGCCGAUCGAAUGCCAAAUCGGUUCAGUAAAUUCGCCGAACGUAUUAUGCAAUCCGCCAUAAGGAAGCGAUUCGCGCUUCUGGAGUAUUUCAACAGCCUGAUCGUUACCGAUUCGGCCUAUCUAAGGCCAAUGUUCUAUCACUACGAAGAGGCAAGGAACUAUACGGUCGAGCUGUGGGAGCAGUUUAUGGUUGGAGAUUCGUUGUUGGUGGCUCCCGUACUCCUGCCACAAAUGGCACAAAUUGACAUCUACUUUCCGGAAACGUUCUAUGAAUUAUGGUCUGGCGAAAAGUUGCCUACAAACGAUGUGUUACACUAUGCUGUUGUUGAGUCCGAUUUGCCACUGUUCGUUAGACCGGGAUAUGUCGUAGGUUUGAGAGAGAUUUCAGAUGAGGUUACCGGGGUAGAUCAGGUACGAUUGCAGUUGAUGUUCCUUAUUGGGGCAUUCAUGUGCAACGCUCGUAAAACCCGCUGUGAAUCGACAGGACGUAUUGUGUUUGCAGAGGGAUUCAAUAUGAGUUUUGCCGUGAGAUUGGAAGAGGAACUCACAAUCCGAAUUCAAGUGCACGUAUCCAGUGACAAAUUUUACGAUAUGGCAUGUUCUCCAACUGACAGGAGCCUUUCGGCAGAGAUUUCGUACGUUCAGCUCUACGGCCACCCUAAUAACACAGAAACAAUAGCUGAACGGAUUGAUUUCGACAUGUGUCGAAUGGAUGUGGGGGAAUAUGAGAAAGUUUAUCAAUUUCCCAAUAAACAUAAUAUAAAUAUGAGUGAAAGAUAAAUUUUAUGUAUGUAGAGGUAUACACUUUAAUACGUAAUGACAUAACUGUAUUAUGUGGCAAUAAAGCGAUUCUUUCAGCAAUUACGUCAAUACAAUUUUAAUGAGAGGAUCAUCGUUCGUUUUCUGUCUUCGAUGGCUCGAAAAAUUUCUAGAAGAACUUCUCCGUUUCAACGAAGUAUUACUUGCGUCAUUUUUCUUAGUAUUUGGGUGAGAUUUGUAUGCCAAAUAACAAGCCUCAACUGUGUUCAGAAUGACAGAAUCGAAAAAAUACGUGUACCAGUGC